AUGUUAAGAUUUUGUAAAGUACUCCUUCUUGUUCUCGGUGUGGGAUAUGUGUGGGCGAACAACACAAAUGGCGCUGUUGCUUGUGAGAGUGCACUAUGCACUCAAAUUGGGAUCGAUACAAUGAAGGAAGGCGGCAAUGCUGCGGACGCCAUGGUAGCCACUCAAAUCUGCAUUGGUACUGUAGAUAUGUAUGACUCUGGGAUUGGAGGUGGAGGUUUCGUGCUGGUUCGAUCAAAGGAAGGAGCCUAUGAAUUCAUCGACUUCAGAGAAACAGCUCCGGCAGCAGCGUACGAGAAAAUGUUUACUGAGGAAACUAUAAAACUCUCUCUCCGGGGAGGAUUAGCGGCGGCUGUCCCAGGUGAGCUUCGCGGGUUGAAAAUAAUGCAUGAAAAAUAUGGCCAGAAGCCAUGGAAAGAUCUCUUCAAGCCCUCGAUCAAACUUGCUCGCGAAGGUUUCAAGGUCACGGAAGCCCUCGACUCUGCUAUGAUAGCGUCUACUGAUGGAAGAUACGCAUACCUCGGCUAUGAUUAUGACUUUCUCACCUAUGAUCCGGAGUGGGCCAUUGAUUUCGCUCCGAAUGGGACGAGAGUGGGGCUAGGAGAUGUAAUGACAAGGAAACGCUUUGCUGACACACUCGAAAGCAUUGCGGAAUACGGUCCUGAUGUGUUCUACACCGGAGCAAUUGCGAAUGCAACAAUCAUCGCAUUACAACGAGCAAACGGUACGAUGACACUCUCAGACCUCAAAAAUUAUACAAUCUUGAAUCGCCCAAUCUCCAAUAUCACCUACCGGGGUUUCAAGGUCUUCAGCGGAAGUGCGCCAUCAAGUGGAGCAGUCCUCUGCAGCAUCCUGAAAAUCGUCGAAGGCUAUGAUAUGAGAACGCCUUCCGCACUCAAUCUCUCUACUCAUUAUCUUGAUGAGGCAAUGAAGUUUGGGUAUGGUCAACGCACUUUACUUGGAGACCCAACUUUCCUUCCGAAUCUUACGGCUUACCAGCUGGAAAUGUACUCUGAGAAUACCGCAGAGGAGUGUAGAUCCAAGAUCGAGGACUACGGUGUACUCCAGACCAUGGAUUAUGAACCACCAGGGCAACUAUUUGAUGUACCUGAUCAUGGAACAACCGCCGUGGUUUCCGCGGACAAGAGUGGUCUCACUAUUGCAUUGACAAGUACGGUCAACUUUUACUUCGGAAACACAAUGAUGGUACCCGAGACUGGAGUCAUCCUGAAUAACCAGAUGAACGAUUUCUCUAUUUUCAAUACCUCGAAUGCGUUUGGUGUAAGAGACAGCCCUUCAAACUACAUCGCUCCUCUCAAGCGCCCUCUAUCCUCGAUUGCACCCGUAAUCGUGGAAUUCCCAAACGGCACUGUGUACAUCGUUCAUGCCUGCGCAGGAGGGAGCCGCAUUACCACCGAGAUUAGCCAACAUCUUUGGCACAUUCUUGACCAGAAUCUGACAUCUGCAGAAGCGCUUGCUUCGCCCCGAAUGCAUGAUCAACUUUACCCUCCGCAAGUAGAGUUUGAGUGGGCAGAUCCAGCACAUGGCCUUGUGGGAUACAAUAACCAGACGACUGCCUUUAUGAAGAGCAUUGGAGCAAAUAUUACCUUUGUUGGUUUUAGUUCCGCGGGACAAGCAAUCAGAAGAUUGAGUAAUGGUACCUUUGAGGCAGCUGCAGAGCCAAGACAGUUGGCAAGUGGAGGUUAUGCCUUUUGA